AUGUACCAGUUUUACCUAAUUCGUUCCCAGACGUCGCCAGUAUACGCUCCAAAUGUGCGCAGAUUUCCGAGCCCAACCGUGACGUUGCCUUGGAGAAACCUCUUCGCUUCGUAG